UUCCAAAUCAUCAUUUCAUUUGCCAGAAUAAGACAUAUAAGCCAAUUACAAUAUCUACAUUAAACAACAUAUAUCUACCAAAAUUUGUUUUUGUGCAUAGUCAAUUGUAGGCCGUCAUGCCAAGCGUCAUCUCAAAGAGUCUUGAUCACCUCAAUGAGUGAGUUGAAGAUUCUUAUAUGUGAUUAAGAGAGACGUGAUAUUAACACCAUUGAUAAUAUAGUCUAUAAAGAACUUUUCAGAAAGCUAUGAUCCUUUUUGUACAGUACGUGCCAACAUAAAUGACUGUUCAUUUUUAUAAAGCUUUCUUAGGACCAUCGAAGGGACAGUCAUGCAUUGGUACCCACCUCUUUCAGGUACCCACGAGUUAUUACUAUCUUUAUUGUAUCAUACUACAUUCCAUUUUAAUUCCCCCCCCCCCCCUAAUUUUCUCCGUCCUUCAGGUACCACUGAUUGUGUGGAGUUUCAGAAAGUUUUUUGGGCGUUUAAGACAUCCAUUAAGGGCUUUAAACAUUGUCCUCCCUUACUGACCAUUGAUGGAACACACUUAUAUGGGAAGUAUAAAUGUACGUUGAUGGUGGCAAUGGGUAGUGAUGCCAAUAAUCAACUAUACCCUUUGGCGUUUGCUAUUUCUGAAGCAGAGAAUGGAGAGAGUUGGCCGUGGUUUAUGACGUUCAUACGUCAUUUUAUCACACACACAGAGAAUUGUGUGUUAAUUGAGAUCGACAUGCUCGAAUUGUGAAGGCACUUAAUGAAGUAGGUAGUGGAUGAGAGGAGACAGAUGCACGACAUAGGCUUUGCAUACGGCAUGUCGCUUCUAAUGUGCAUACUCAAUUAAAAGACAUUCACUUGAAGAAUUUGUUCGUUUUGACAGUAAGUCAACAUCAAAAGAAGAAAUUUGAUGGUGGAUUUAACAGGAUGGGCGAAAUGCAGGCACAUGCACGAGAAUAUCUAAGGAAUAUUGGUUUGGAGAAGUGGUCUUUACACCACAAUGGGGGAGGGGUACAUGUAUGGCAACACAACAACGAACAUGGCUGAAGUUUUGAAUAUCGUCAUGAAAAGUGCGUGAUACCUUCCUAUAACCGCCUUAGUUGAGUUAUCAUUCUAUCGUGUGAAUGUCUAUUUUGUAGAAAGAAGAGAAACUAGUAUGAGAAGGUUAGCAGGACAUCGUUACUGCCAGCAAGUGACUGAACUGAUUGAGUAAAAUACGGAAAAGGCAAAACAUCACAAGGUCACAACAUUUGACAUCGGUCGUGGUUUAUACCAAGUGCAGACGGGUCGUGGUGGACGAACAAUGGGGAAGGGUGGUACAAAACAAACGGUGAAUUUGCACCAUCUCCAUUGCUCAUGUCAGAAGCUGAAUAUUUAUAAGAUUCCUUGCUCACAUAUUUUAGCGGUUUUUGUUUUUUUAGGUUGAAUGAGCCGUUGUGGUAUUUACUGGGCAGAAGAGCCGCCACUUCGAGUGGCAGCUUUUGUACUGGACAGAAGAACUGCCACUUCAAGUGGAGGCUUUCCUUAACCGCGGUUAACUUCAGCAGUAUUUUUGGAAUUAUUUUUAACCCAACAGUAUUUUGGGAAUUAUUUAAUUAGCAUUACUCCGGGAAAAACUCAGAUACAAAAUCACCAAUAUUACUUCUGAAUAUGUUUUAGGGGGCAAAAAUGUGAUUUAGUAAUUAUUAGUUGAAGCCACUAUGAUGUAUACUUCGAAAACAAUUAUAGUUAUUAAUAGUUAUUAAGUCGAC